AGGAACAUCUAAAGCUGAACAAACGCCAUGCCAAGGAGGGAAGGGCCAGCACUUCGGAAGCCUCUCUGGUCAUACCAGUCCUUGUUCUCCAUAGUCUUCCGGAAGAAAGGGAUCUGGGAGCCAGAGAGAUGUCUCGCGGCGCUAGGAAGGCAGAGCCACAGGCCAAGCCAUGAGGCCUAGUUCCUUGCCCAAACCACCCUCCCAUGGCCUCUGACCCAGGACCAGAAUCUCACUGAUGUGGUAACACAGCAGUGGGCUGGGAGAUAAAUGGACACCUUGAAUCCGAGGAGCAGCAGGACCAGAGGCCAGACCAGGAGCUGACCUGGAGCUGGGGACACAGGCCUAGGAGUGCCCUGGACAGGGCAGAGGCCAUGGCCCCCCCACCACCACUGGCCGCCAGCACCCCACUCCUGCAUGGCGAGUUUGGCUCCUACCCAGCCCGUGGCCCACGCUUCGCUCUCACUCUCACACCACAAGCCCUGCACAUCCAGCGGCUGCGCCCAAAGCCUGAAGCCCGGCCCCGGGGUGGCCUGGUCCUGCUGACCGAGGUCUCAGGCUGCUGCACCCUGCGGAGCCGAAGCCCCUCGGACUCAGCAGCCUACUUCUGCAUCUACACCUACCCCAGGGGCCGGCGUGGGGGCCGGCGCAGAGCCACACGCACCUUCCGGGCCGACGGGGCAGCCACCUAUGAGGAGAACCGCACUGAGGCCCAGCGCUGGGCCACAGCCCUCAUGUGUCUGCUGCGCGGACUGCCACUGCCUGGGGACGGGGAAAUCACCCCUGAGCUUCUGCCAAAGCCGCCCCGAUUGCUCCUAUUGGUCAAUCCCUUUGGGGGGCGGGGCCUGGCCUGGCAGUGGUGUAAGAACCAUGUGCUGCCCAUGAUCUCUGAAGCUGGGCUGUCCUUCAACCUGAUCCAGACAGAGCGACAGAACCACGCCCGGGAGCUGGUCCAGGGGCUGAACCUGAGCGAGUGGGAUGGCAUCGUCACAGUCUCAGGAGAUGGGCUGCUGCACGAGGUGCUGAAUGGACUCCUGGAUCGCCCGGAUUGGGAAGAAGCUGUGAAGACACCCGUGGGCAUCCUCCCUUGCGGCUCUGGCAACGCACUGGCAGGAGCUGUGAACCAGCAUGGGGGGUUUGAGCCAGCCCUGGGCGUUGACCUGCUGCUCAACUGCUCCCUGUUGCUCUGCCGGGGUGGUGGCUGCCCACUGGACCUGCUCUCGGUGACGCUGGCCUCCGGCUCCCGCUGUUUCUCCUUCCUGUCUGUGGCCUGGGGCUUUGUGUCAGAUGUGGACAUCCAGAGCGAGCGCUUCAGGGCCCUGGGCAGUGCCCGCUUCACACUGGGCACGGUCCUGGGCCUCGCCACACUGCACACUUACCGUGGACGCCUCUCCUACCUCCCUGCCACUGUGGAACCUGCCUCGCCCACAUCUGCCCAUGGCCUGCCACGUGCCAAGUCAGAGCUGACCCUAGCCCCAGCCCCAGCCCCACCUGUGGCCCACUCACCCCUACAUCGCUCAGUGUCUGACCUGCCCCUGCCUCUGCCCCAGCCUGCGCUGACCUCCCCUGGCUCACCUGAACCCCUGCCCAUCCUGUCUCUCAAUGGUGGGGGCCCAGAGCUGGCCAGGGACUGGGGUGGGGCUGGGGAUGCUCCACUGUCCCCGGACCCACUGCUGCUCUCUCCCCCCCACUCCCCCAAGGCAGCUCUACUCUCACCCAUCACUGAGGGGGCCCCGGAAGUACCAGCAUCCUCUGGGUUCCCGCCUCCUACCACUGAUGUCUCAAUAGCUGCCUCUCCUGGGGGCCCACCUGACCACCUUCUCCCUCCUCUGGGCACUCCAUUACCCCCAGGCUGGGUAACACUGGAGGGGGACUUUGUGCUUAUAUUAGCCAUCUCACCUAGCCACCUGGGGGCUGACCUGCUGGCAGCCCCCCAUGCGCGCUUUGACGACGGUCUUGUGCACCUGUUCUGGGUCCGCAGUGGCAUCUCUCGGGCAGCUCUACUGCGCCUUUUUCUGGCCAUGGAGCGUGGGAGCCACUUCAGCCUGGGCUGUCCCCAGCUGGGCUACGCCGCGGCUCGUGCCUUCCGCCUUGAGCCGCUCACGCCCCGCGGCGUGCUCACGGUGGACGGGGAGCAGGUGGAGUAUGGGCCGUUGCAGGCGCAAGUGCAUCCGGGCCUCGGUACACUGCUCACUGGUCCCGCAGGCUGCCCUAGGCGGGAGCCGUGAACCCAAUCCUGUUUGGAGCCCGCGGGGGCGGGGCCUGAGCGAGGGGGCGUGGCGUGGCUGCUAGAGGUAGGGCAAAGGGCACAUCGGUCCUGAACCGUUCUCAGGAUUGCGCCCUCCCCUAGGGGACCAGAGGUGAUGCUGGAGGGUGUCCUGAAUUCCAAGGGGUGGAGGUCCUCAUGGUCACGGAGGAAUGGGCUCUCCCCAAGGGUAGUGCCUGAUCAACUAGGGCGGGGCUCACUCCAGACCCUCACCUCCGGCCUGUAGGAGGCCAGGUCGGCUGAGGGCGGAGCCUUACACAUCGUCCAGUGACGCGACCUGGAAUGUACGGGCUGGGGAGGCCUUAGGUAAUUGGCCAGUCAGGGCCCGGUUAGUACCCUGCCCACUCCGGUGCCUCCACUAAGCUGGCCAAUCAGCCCAGGAGGGGCAGGUUCCCCGGGGCCGGCACUCCGAUUUGCACUAAUGUUCCUCUCCCCGCAGGUGGGGGCGGGGAAGUUCGUUUCUCCUGUCUUCUGUCUCCCGUGCGUCCCCUGGCCCCAAUGUUCAAAGCAACUGAAAAGGUCUAUGCAAUAAAGGCAGUCGCUUCAUUCCUCUCA